CCUUUCUCUCUUUCGUGUGUUACCUGAAGUACUUUGCUUCCGUGUGAUUUAUAGGAGGAAAUGUUUUUAUCAAAACCAUGUGGAGUUGGUCAGAGUUAAAGAUGCAGGUCCCUGAUUAGCUCACAGAUUUUUCUUUUCUAAUAAAUUGUAAAACAAAUAAUGGAAAAUUUCUUCCAAUAGUACUACCUUGCUUGUCUUCAGUUCUCUCUACAAAAGUAAAAAAGAGUAUUUUAAAUUGAGGUUGUAAAAUAAAUGCCUUGGACUCCUGCGACCUGCCUUAGGGUGAUGGUGGGAGUUUGUGUCAUCGUGAGCUGCUAUCUGGUAAUAAAAGGCCAUUUCUGAAGGCCCAGGCCCAGGCAUCAGGACAGAGAGGUGGCAUGGGGGCUGCUGACGCUGGGUUCUUUGGUCCAGCUAGGGACAUGAUACCGACCCAGGAAAGGUGUGUUAAUCAGCUUGGGUUUGUGGGGGACACAUUUCAGACCACAGCAGAAGGUGCAGCCAAGUUACCAUUUUGCUAUUUAGUUUAAUAUAAAAUGUGUCUAAUUAUAGUUUCUUAAAUAGUCAGUUGACAGAUGAUAUCCAUAAUGGGAAAAUACUUAAAAUUGAUUUAUGAUUCACAGUACAUCCAGAAUUUGCUGUUAGAAUAGCUCUUUGAGGACCGUAUAAUUCUCAUUCUCUUUGUAAUAUGUGAAAGGUCAAAAUGGUAGUUCUUAAUUGGUACUAUUGUCUCAGAUAUCUGAAAGCAGCUUCUGGGUUUCCCGAGGCAUGCCAGGAAUAUCUCCCUCUGCAAACCCUACUUCUAGGUGAAGGAGCUUUGCCACAUUUUCCCCUCUCAGACGUGGGAUAUCCACAUCUCUUUGUUUUAUCUGUUAAAAAAAAAAAAGUCCAAAGAUACGCCUUACCUCUGUUACGUAAUCAAAGAUUCUUUAAGUUAAAUGCAUUCCUGGUCAGCAUCUUCCAAGACAGAUGGGACACAGGGCUGUAGGAGGAAAAGUGACUUGCUUAGGAAUGAGGCUGGAGCAAUGGCUGCCUCUGUUGCCUUCCUGGCCGGAGCUCCCACUGGCCUGUGGUGCCUUCUGCCUGGCACCGGGGCUCCUGGGCUGCACUGGGCCACCACCCAGUUACUCUGGGAAACUGACUUGAUACACAGAUUACUUUGGAUUUGCUUAAGGAAAUAUUAGCUUACCUGGUCUCUUUUGCCACUGCACCGGUUUUAGGAAAUUAAUAAAUUUGGCAUUGUUUUGAGUGCGUUUUUUAAUGCAUUUUAAUUUCAGAAAAUGAUUUCCAAAGGAUGACACUAGCAUCUAUCUGCGAGUUUUACCAAGUGGAAUUCUGUUCCGAGUUUUUGAAGAGAAAGUUAAUUACGCACAGGCUGCAUACAUCUUUAUUUAGUUACUGUGAUAGGUAAUAAAAAGAUUCCAUACUAUUGUGAAUUCCCACACUGUUUCUACAUUAGUAUAGAUGAGACGUGUGCUGUAACGCAGUUGUUUUUCCUCCCUGCCUAAUGCUUCGAGGCCUCUUGGAACUGCGCCUUCUUUCUCGCCAUCGCCAUUUCAGGCAGAGCUGGGCCCGAUGGGGUUUGGGGACCCUGGUUUCUCCUUGCUGUCCAGUUGGGCGUUUGACCCAUGGACUGAGCCUGACUGGCGGUCUGCCCCUGCACACAGGUGGAGGCAGUAGGAGGGGGUGGCUUCGGCAGGUUCCCCACUUGCUUUCCAUCCUUCUUCAUCUGAUUUGUAUGUGCUCACUCUUCUGCUGAAGAUGUUAUGUCAAAGCCGCGUGGAGAGCCGUAUGGAGUCAGAGUGAAAUAUUGGUCUGAUCCACAUAGACAUCCCUCGCAUGAGCCCUGAAGCGCUGAUCCUGCAGCCCAAGGUGACAGAGAUUUUUGAAAGGAUCUUGUUUAUAUGGGCAAUCCGCCACCCCGCCAGUGGGUAUGUUCAGGGGAUAAAUGACCUGGUCACGCCUUUCUUUGUGGUCUUCAUUUGCGAAUACUUAGAGGCAGAGGAGGUGGAUGCAGUGGACGUCUCCGGCGUGCCCGCAGAGGUGCUGCGCAACAUUGAAGCCGACACCUACUGGUGCAUGAGCAAGCUACUGGACGGCAUUCAGGACAACUACACCUUUGCCCAACCCGGGAUUCAAAUGAAAGUGAAAAUGUUAGAAGAACUCGUGAGCCGGAUAGAUGAGCAAGUGCACCGGCACCUGGACCAGCACGAGGUGAGAUACCUGCAGUUUGCCUUCCGCUGGAUGAACAACCUGCUCAUGAGGGAGCUGCCCCUGCACUGCACCGUCCGCCUCUGGGACACCUACCAGUCUGAACCCGAGGGCUUCUCUCAUUUCCACUUGUACGUGUGUGCCGCGUUUCUCGUGAGAUGGAGGAAGGAGAUACUGGAAGAAAGAGAUUUCCAAGAGCUGCUGCUCUUCCUCCAGAACCUGCCCACAGCCCACUGGGAUGAUGAGGACAUCAGCCUAUUGCUGGCCGAGGCCUACCGCCUCAAGUUUGCCUUCGCGGACGCCCCCAAUCACUACAAGAAAUGAGCCUGGGUCCCCUUGCAGCUGGCCUCCCUGCUCCGGGUGGGCGCCCCACCUGCCUGGCCGGUGGGAGGCCCCUGUGAGCUGGUUCCGGGCUGCCAAACAGCCUUGUGGUGUGGCCCCACCCUCCAGGGGUGCUGGUGAAGAUGGGCCCCAGACUUGGUCCAGGGCUGACAAGGACAGGGACAGCCUCUGUUUUCUGAGAUACCAAAGAAAGCCAGGGGAGGGUCCCGGCUUCGGUGGCCAGAGGCAGGUCAGGGUCCCCUCGCCCUCACCCUGGAGUGUCCUUGCCAAAUGACUGCCUCCUGUACCCCCCAGUCUGGGGCGGCCUGGGAGGCGGACCCUCUCGGGAGGCCUGCUGUCUGGACGCCAGGGCCGGAACGAGGUGGUGGCCAUCUCUACCUACUCUGAAAUGAAAAACUUCCAUUCUGUUGAGUGAAAGAAUAAAAUAUAGGCAAAAUAUAGAUGGAGACAUUGCGCUGACCUGGGAUCUCUCCUGUGAGACCGUCUCACAGCCAACCGGGUUUCGCCACUGCCGGCCCCUUCUCUCUGUGUUUUCCCGCUUGCUUGGUUUAAACAUGACUAGGAAGCUGAGGGUGGGAGUCGGCGCUGUGAGCCCGCUGAGCACUUGGGAGGCCACGGGACCGAAGGCUGGGAGCGCAGGGAGGCCACGGGACCGAAGGCUGGGAGCGCAGGGAGGCCACGGGACCAAAGGCUGGGAGCGCAGGGAGGCCUCUCGCCAUCGCCUUACUUUUCACCUCAAACCUCUUUUACACAAGAGAAUCCCCCACCUCCCUGAGGUCCAAGGCCAAGUGGCCCUGCCAUGCAGUUAACUGCUGGCUUCAGACAGAGCCCCUGGAGGCCUGCACAGGGUGUCUGGCCAUGGCGGGCUGGUAGACGGGCAGGGGUUCGAGGCCCUGUUGUCAGAGCCCUGAACCACAGCGCUCUUCCCACCGCAGCCUGGCUUGGAAGUGGAAUGAGCUUUUGGAGGCUCCCCGGGACUCACUGUCCUUGUCCAGAUCUGCUAGGUGUGGGGGAGGUGGGACAGUUUCCACUGUGCACUGGUUCCCACCAUGGACCAGUUUCUUUGUGGACCGGUUCCCGCCAUGGACCAGUUCUGCCAUGGACCAGUUCUGCCGUGGACUAGCUCUGCUGUGGACUGGUUCCCACUAUAUACCAGUUCAGCCCUGGACUGGUUCCCACUGUGGACUGGUUCCACUGUGGACUCGUUCCCGCUGUGGACUGGUUCCCACUGUGGACUCGUUUCCACUGUGGACUGAUUCCCGCGGUGGACUGGUUCCCACUGUGGACUCGUUUCCGCUGUGGAUUGAUUCCCACGGUGGACUGGUUUCCACUGUGGACUCGUUUCCGCUGUGGACUGGUUCCCGCUGUGGACUGGUUCUGCCGUGUACUGGUUCGUUGGGCUUCAAGUGUGGAAGGGCCCAGACCAGGCCCCUGCCCAGGACCCUGAUGGGGCUGUGUCUGUGGCCCCAGGGGCUUCAGGACUGGCUCCCCAGCAUUCCCUUGGGUGUGUCACAGGCCUCAUGGCACCUGGAAUGUGGGCAGGGCCACAGCCACAGCCUCUCUGAUUCCUGAGCCCAGGACAGGCUCAUGUCCUCAGCGACCUGCUGGUGACCCGCUUCUCAGACUCUCCUCUGUCCCUCAGGAGCAGCUGUGUUCCCUCCCAGGCCUUGGGACACUGCCAGAGACUGUGGGACAUACAGGCAUAACUGAUGUGUGUAUUCCUGCUUCUAUUUUAAAAAUCCACGGUCAUUACACACAGAAUGGAAAUUAGCACAAAGUGCUGUGCAAAUGUCAGAUGCUCCCAAACUAGCAAAGGGACCGGCUUGCGUCGGACCAGAUUUGGGCACACCUUGCCCCUGCCUUCCCUGUACCUGCCCCAGGGUCAGGGGUUCCCCAGACCGCCACACCGCCUCCUCCUGCCGCCUCCUUUUCUAGACGGGGAGGGGACUCCAUCACAGGAAGAGCUGCCCCAUGGCCAUGUGGAGGGAGCCCCACGUUGCUCAGCUGAGAUCAGCCCUGGGAGCAGCCCCUUCUGUAGCUCAGAUCACUCUGUGUGGCCAGAAGGUUGGGGACACACCGGACCUGCUUCCUGAGGUGGUUUUUUAAACAGGAAGCUCCAUGGAGCUCAGCCCUGUGUGCAUUUCCACAUGUAUGUAUACACCAAGACCGAAUGUGAGGGGUGUUGGCCGUGGCCUUGAGUCUGAGCAGAUCCAUCUGGAAUGUUCCGGGUGUGUGUCUGGAUGUGAUGUGCUAAAAACACCGAAUAAAGAUCAGUGACAAA